AUGUCUCUUAGGGUUGAUGAUGUUUCCAGCAUUGAUGCUUCGAAAGAAACGUGGUCUAUCGUGGUGAAGGUCAUUCGUCUUUGGUUAACUCCAAGCUAUUCUGGAUCUAAACUACCGUCGUCUUUAGAGAUGGUUUUCAUGGAUUCAAAGGGUGCUAAAAUUCAUGCUUCCAUAAGGCGAACCUUGGUCUAUAGAUUCCAAAAUUUGCUAACUGAGGGCCGGGUCUAUCAGAUAUCAUUUUUUGGUGUUUGUGAGAACGGAGAUGUGAUAGGUAUCCUGACAGGGUCGUCCGGGGAGCAGGAGUUCGAAAAACAUGGAAGAGUGCAAAAGAGGAUUACAUUAGAACUUGAUCAGGAAGGGGUUCGCAUUGAAGCUGCUUUUUUUGGAAAAUAUGUGGACGAAAUAGUUGGUCAGUUGGCUUCUGGUGACAUGACUAAUGCAGUUAUUGUAAUUCAAUUUGCUAAGAUCAAGCCUUUCAAAGGAAAGGCUAGCAUUCUGAAUGUGUAUGGCGCCAACAUCACUGGAAACCCAUUCUCUUUCAUGCCUUUAUGUGAUGUUGUUUUCAAAGAACCAGACACGUCCUACCUUAUAGAUGUGAUAGGUAUCCUGACAGGGUCGUCCGGGGAGCAGGAGUUCGAAAAACAUGGAAGAGUGCAAAAGAGGAUUACAUUAGAACUUGAUCAGGAAGGGGUUCGCAUUGAAGCUGCUUUUUUUGGAAAAUAUGUGGACGAAAUAGUUGGUCAGUUGGCUUCUGGUGACAUGACUAAUGCAGUUAUUGUAAUUCAAUUUGCUAAGAUCAAGCCUUUCAAAGGAAAGGCUAGCAUUCUGAAUGUGUAUGGCGCUACAAGAAUUUUGUUUAAUCCUGCAGUUGAGGAGGCUGCUCCUCUUCGAGCAAGGUUACUAUCUGUUUUUUGA